AUGGCAAACGCCACUGCUACUGCCGCUGCUCAAGCCAAAGCGGCCAAAGCAAAAGCAACAAAGUUGGCCAAGAUUUUGCGUCAGCGAAACAAUGAAAAGUCUGCCAAGUUCUUCGCUGCCGCCAUGGUUGGCAUAAUGGUUAUUUUCAUCUUAUUCCACUGGACACGCAUUGCGUUUAAGACUUAUGAGAGGAGAAGUAGUGGAAAGGCUACCUUCCUGAGAUUUCCAGUCCGAGUCACAAGGGCGGCAAGAAGCGUUCUGAUACGCAAAUUGCCUCUCUUUCCCUCUACAGGUCAUGCUCUCGUAUUCGUGGGGUAUCUUGCCGCAACGGUCACAGUUACGUUUACCAAGAUGGACUGGAGUACACCUCUGAACAAUCUAGGAAAACGAUUAGGAUGGAUCUCUGUUGCCAAUCUCGGCCUCGUCACCUUCCUCGCCUUGAAGAACACACCACUUGCAUUCUUGACAGCCUACUCGUAUGAGCGCCUCAAUGUCCUCCAUCGAAUUGCUGGUUACUCUCUCAUAGUAUCAAUGAUCCUUCACGCCACCAUCUACCUCGCCGGCGACAUCCGCAAAGACAACCUGUCUAACAUGCGUGAAGAUGAUCAAGUAGUGGGCAUAAUAGCCGGAUUCCUAAUGCUCCUCUCGGUAGUCCUUGCAGUUCUCGUCCGGAAGAUGCGAUAUGAAAUUUUCUACGUCACUCACGUAGUACUGUUCAUGGUCACUAUGAUACUAGUAGGAAUGCAUCGUCCAGACUUCGCAAAGAAGACUGUCAUCGGCGUCAUAGUCAUCGGCUCGCUGUGGUUUGCCGAUCGUGUCAUACGGUCACUCCGGACGCUGUUCUUCAGCUUUGGCAACACAGCUACACUUACACCUCUUUCACAUGGCGGGACUCGAGUCGUCCUGCGCAAGUCUCCCGGUCGUGCUGUUCCAGGCACGCACUGUUUUCUAUGGAUCCCGGGCGUUCGUGCACUUGAGUCUCAUCCAUUCACCAUCAGUUCGACGAAGCCUCUAGAGCUUGUUGUUGCGGCCUAUGAUGGCUUCACCCGCGAUCUUCACGCCGCGGCUGUGAAGAACCCUGGACAAACGCUCAAAGCGUCCAUCGAUGGACCUUAUGGCAACAUUCCUAACUUCGCAAACUUCACCAAGGUGGUCCUCAUCGCAGGUGGCAGCGGUGCUAGUUUUACAGUCGGCAUUGCCAUUGAUCUCCUUCGCAAACUUGGCACAUCGCAAACAACCACUAUCGAGUUCAUCUGGACUGUUCGGGAGCCGGAAAUGCUUGAAUGGUUUAGCGAACAACUCAAGGAGCUCACCGACUCUCCACUGGUGAAUGUCCGUCUUUUCUCAACCCGCGGCAGCAAAUCAGACAGCACCCUCGUAUCCUCCUCAGACGAGGAAAAAACCUCUCCCACAGACCCACUACCGUCAUCCAAGAACGAGCAUGACAUUGAGAAGCAACUGUCCUCGCCUAUCUCAACAGACAUGGUUUAUCCCCCACAAAGAGGCAGGCCCGAUAUUGCUGCUAUUGUCGAUCAGAUUGUGGAGAAGGCGGAAGAUAACGACCGGGUCGCUGUGGCUGCUUGUGGGCCGGAUAGCCUGAUGCAAGUUACGAGAAGGACCGUCGCUAAGAACAUCAAAGUCAAUGGACCUAGUAUAGAGCUUCAUGUUGAGCAGUUUGGAUGGUAG